AGGAAGAAGCCCUUAGUCAAAGAAUGAAUUCUCAGUUCUAACCUAAAAUUCUUAAGGAUCUAAGUGUGUUCUCAUGUAAUUGAGAAAGCAGGCCCAGGCCCAGGGAAUCCGAUCUCAUCACAGUAUAAGACCUCUGGCUCCGGUUGCUGGACAGUCCCUCCUGCUCACCGUUUACGUCCUCCAGGAUGCCUUCUGCAGCCCAGCUGCCUGCCUUGGCCUUCUGCGUUACUUACUUUUCAUGCUGUAACCAAACACUCAGGAAAGGCGUUUUGUUUUGGUGCACAAUUUGAGAGUGCAGUCCACCAUGGUGGGGAAAGUAUGGCAAGAAGACUGGCUCUAGGCUGUGGCAGCAAGAGUCUGGGGCAGCUGGUGGAGAAAUGGAGGUGGGUGGAAACCUGUGCUCCAUUGGCUUCCCCUCCGCCCCUUUCUUUUAGUUCAGUCCAGGACUCUAGCCCAUGGGGAUGGUAGGACACACAUUCAAGUAGAGUCCAUCCUCCUUAGUUAAACCCCUUGGAAACACACACUCGCAGAGAUGUGUCUCCAUGACAGUUCUGAAGCUAGCGAGGUUAACAAUGAAGGUUAACCAUUGCACCCACCUAGUCUAGAAAGGCUUCACCCUCCUCACCCCAGGCAGAGCCUGCAGACUGAUUCCUGGGGCCAAGCCAUGGUAUGCAUUGAGCACUGAUGCAGGAUAUCAGCCUGUUUCUAGGGGACGAAUCUAGGUAGAAGAUCAGGUAAUGCAGAUCACGUAUGCAAAGGUUUGAAACCAGAUGGAACAGGCUGAGAGAGAAGCCAGUCUAAAGAACAGUAGAGACAAAGAAAGAUAGGAAAUGGGUAACGUUAGGUGGUGUGAGAGUCUACACAACCAGAACAAGGUGCAGGGAAGGUGGGGUCUUCUUUGAAGGUUCUUUAGGAAGGAGCGUGUAGGACUCAGUUCUUCCUGUCUGGAGUGACCCAGUCUAUGACUCCCACCCGCGCGAGCGCAAUUCAUUUACUUAUUCUUUUAAGUGGGUUUUUUGUUUGUUUGGUUGGUUGGUUGGUUUUGAGAGAGUGCCUCAACACCUAGUCCUGGCUAGCCUGGAACUCAGAGAUUUGCCUGCCUCUGCCCUCCUAGUGCUGGAAUUGAAGACAUGCACCAUCCACCACCAGCAGCCUCCAGUGCUGGGUUCUGAGAUGCUGUGUGUGGCAGUGGACUGAACCAGGCUGCUAGGAACUUCAGAGACAAGUGAAGCUCAGAAAACUGCAGGAGGGCUAGGAAACCUUUCAAACCACAGCGUUUUUCUUUCUGCUUCAGGCGGAAGCUAAACUUGUUCCCAUUCUACAGCCUGAGAAUCUGAGGCUAUUUCCUUAGGGAAGAUCCAGGCGGUCCCUUGGGGCGCUCCUCAGUUAGUCCUUUGCCCUCGGGAGACAGCGAGCCCGAUGGACUUCCCACUUCCCGGAAAGGCUAAAGAGAAGAGUGUGUAUCCUGGGACGGGGAGUCCCUUUCCCCGCCCCUCCCCGCCCCGUGGCCACGGCGUGGCUGAGCCCGGGGCGGAGCUGGCGUCUCCUCGAGCAGUGGCGGCGGGACGGCGGCGGCCGCAGCCCAGAACAGACUGGUGGAUAGCCGCUGAGACCGGCCCCCGCGGGAUCACAGCAGGAGGACGACCCGGCGCGCUGCGGUGUGGCCGCAGGGACCGAGACCCGGAGCUGUCCACUCGGGCGGAGCGGGAAAAGUCCUGGGCCCUAAAGUUCUACACCGAGGAGGUGGGGCCUCUACUGCCUUCCUCGAUUGUCUACACCAGGGCAUCUUCAGGUCCCUGUACCUAGACAUCCAGCUUUACCCGCCUGGCCAUGGCGCUGUGUCUGAAGCAGGUGUUUGCGAAGGACAAGACUUUCCGGCCCCGGAAGCGCUUUGAGCCUGGCACACAGCGCUUUGAGCUGUAUAAGAAGGCACAAGCUUCACUCAAGUCCGGCCUGGACCUUCGGAGUGUAGUGAGGCUGCCACCCGGCGAGAGCAUCGAUGACUGGAUUGCCGUGCACGUAGUGGACUUCUUCAACCGCAUCAACCUCAUCUAUGGCACAAUGACUGAGCACUGCAGUGAGACCAGCUGCCCAGUCAUGGCUGGUGGGCCCCGCUAUGAGUACCGCUGGCAGGACGAGCGUCAGUACCGAAGGCCUGCCAAGCUCUCGGCACCCCGCUAUAUGGCACUGCUCAUGGACUGGAUCGAGGGUCUCAUCAACGACGAGGACGUCUUUCCUACACGUGUCGGAGUUCCCUUCCCCAAGAACUUCCAGCAGGUCUGCACCAAGAUCCUGACCCGCCUCUUCCGAGUCUUCGUCCAUGUUUACAUCCACCACUUCGACAGCAUCCUCAGCAUGGGGGCGGAGGCACACGUCAACACCUGCUAUAAGCACUUUUACUACUUCAUCCAGGAGUUCAGCCUGGUGGACCAGCGGGAGCUAGAGCCACUGAGGGAGAUGACAGAACGGAUCUGUCACUGAGUCCAGAUCUGGAUGUUGCUGCCUAUCAGAUGGACCAUCUGAACACAGUGUAGCUGGGAGAGGGGACCCUUAGGAGCCUGUGGGUAGAGAAAUCUGAAGGCCUACUGAAGAGUAGGAACCCUCUAUAGACCCAACACCUCUGGACUUCUCAGAAGUCUAUCUGUUUCCCAGAAUGUGUGGGGAAGGGAGGACUUCACGUGGACCACAGAAGAAAAGGAGUUUAGCCCCCCAUGUUAAGCCCAAGAGUAGGGCAGGCUACCAGGUUUCUGCUCUGAAACUUUGCCCAACCAGGAUGGUUCCCAAAUCCAUUGGGGAAUAUAGAUGUGGCUGAAGUGAUGUCAAGAAAAUUACAUAGAGUGAGUGCCUGUCCCUGAGAAAGCAAGUGUGUGUGUGUGUGUGUGUGUGUGAUUGUAUGAUUGUGGGAUUGUAUGAUUGUGGGAUUUGUCUGAGAGAUCCAGGUCCUUCCAGACACAUAGUAGGCCCUCAUAAUGGAUGGAUGGAUGGAUGGAUGGAUGGAUGGAGGGAUGGAUGGAGGGAUGCAUGGAUGGAUGAUACAUGAGGAGGUUGGCUAUAACUCCAUGACCAUUAUAGGAGUAAUGACAGCUUAGUGACCCAACUCUAACCAGAUGUCUGACACAUCUGACAAAAUGUGUGUGUAGAUGGAAUUGUACGUCUGAAUCUUCUAGACUACCAUCUUCUAUCAACAUGAGUCCCAGCAUUUGAGUGGAGGUUAGACAGUGCAGCUUUGCCCUGAGUUCCUUAAACCUCUGACCUACCACCAUGUGGGCUGAUUUGCUCAGCCAGGGAUGUCUGAAUUGUCAAUUAACUCAGCUCUGCCUCCAGAAGGGCCUGAUAUCAUUAAGCCUCUGAUCCUGAUGGUGGUGGAUCACACCUUUAAUCUCAGCACUUAGGAGGCAGAGGCAAAUUGGAUCAUCUCUGAGUUCGAGGCCAGUCUGGUCUACAGAAUGAGUUUCAGGACAGCCAGGGUUACACAGAGAAACCCUGUCUCGAAAAAACCAAAAGCAAGCAAACAAACGGUAAGCCUCUUGAGGUUAGGAUCCUCAAUCCUCAAUCCUCAGGGUCCCCUCAAUCUUGAACUUAGACACAGAUACUUCAAUCUCGAACACAGAACCUACUGACUUGACUGAAGGCCAGCACAAAAUAGCUCUCCAGACCAGGGAGCCACUGGAACUUGAAUUGGAGAAUCUAGAGUCUUUUCUUCUAUCUCAGGACACUGAGGAUCAUACAACUGGGGAGACCUUCCCAUCCUAAAAACACCUGCCUCAGCCCAACCUCCUGAUACAUUCAGGCUUCUUGGAUUUCCAAGCACAGCUAUCCAAAGAGGCUGGGAUGCUUGUGCAGUAGCCAUUACUCAGUACCUCCAUGCUGAGCCCUAAUGCACAGACUCACAGGUAGGGAAACCGGCAGAACCAGGUUUCUACCCUUCCAGAGCCUUUAUCCUGAGAGCCCAGGAUGAGAACAAGAAGUCUCAUAGGAAUAUUGCCUCUGCCUCUCAAUGUGCAUCGGAGGGAAAUGAAACCGUUAAAAAUCCAAGGCUCUUGACUUUCACUCUGGGCCCUGCUGAUUGCAACACUGAGAUGUGUGCGCAAGUAGAGGUUGUCAGCCGCUCUCCAGGACACAGCUAUUAAUGCAUUGAAUAAGGAUUUCUAGCCUGAUGGCAGAAAACCCUACCACACCCCGCGGUUGGCUAGAGAUGCUGCCGAGGCAAACCUCCAAAACCAGGCACUUCUAUGGCUGAGGAGCUGCCUUCGUGCCUUCCAGAGAAACAGCUGGGGCUCUCCGGGGCAGCAGGGCCCACCGGGAAUGUCUGCUGGCUCCAGAAAAGUCCCCAAGGGAAACAUGCUGGCCUGCAGCUCUGGCAGUGGUUCAGAACUGAGGACAGUGGGACAUUCCCUCCCACCCCCCACGGUGGGCUACAGAAUAUAUUCUGAAUUCUAGGCUGUGAAAAGGGACCACGGGGGUGGGGGUUAGGGAAAUCUAUUUUUGUGAAAGGAAAGAUUUUGCUAUUUUUUGGUAAAAAUAAAAGAUACAAACUAAA